AUGAGUUCAUAGAAAAAGGAUUACAAUAUCACCCUUUCUUUCUUUGGAAAGUCAACCUAAGUUACUAUAGAAAAAAGUACUACAACCUUAGAACUUUACUAAUUUUUAGAGGAAGCCUAUCCAUAGGAGUUUGAAAAAGUAAAAUACAAGAGUCUUAAAUUCUUCUUGCCUGCUCAGAAUAAAUUUUUAAACAUUAAUCAGUCGACUUUAGAAACCGUUUUUGAUAAUUACAACAAUUAUAUAAUGGAGUUGAAAGAAGAUCUGCCUAGGAAUGACUCUAAUUGUUUUGCAUCAUCUAAUGCAAUUCCUAAAAAGCAAGUACAGACUGAAUAAGAGAUCCAACAGAAUUUCUAACCUUAAGACAUCUAGCAUUAAUAGAAUUAGUAAAAUUAAAUAUAUGCAUAAUAAUGGGAAUAACAAUAAUAACUCUAUAAUUAGAAUGUAAUUUAAAACAACAAUCAAUAAAAUUAAUAAUUCUAAUAUAAUGAUUAGACUCAAUAACUGAAUCAAUAAGCAUAAAAUUAAGACUAUAAUCAAUAAUAAUUUUAAUAAUGGAGUAUGCAAUAAGAUAAUACAAAUAAUUAGAAGAAUUAAAAAAAGACUCUCAGACUCCAAUACAAAAAUAAUUAAAUCCAAUAAGUUGUUGAUGAAACACUAACAGUAGAUGAAUUAUAUGCUCACUUUUAUGAUUAAUUUAAUAUUGAAGGGGAAGUUAAAUUGUUUUGGCAAGAUUUGGAGUUAUCUUGUUUGGAGCAAUAUGGAAGUAUUUUUAACCAAGGAAUUCAAAACGACUCCAUAAUUGAAUGCAUAAGGUUUAAUAUUGAUAUAAUUAUUGAAAUUUUUGAUCGUCAGAGAUAAGUGAGCCUCUAAUAGAACAACCAUUCAUCUUUAUCAACAAUAAACGAAAUCAUAUAAGUCAUUUAUAUAUACCUAGGGAAGACAGAAGAAACCAUUAGUAUAGAACUCUAUCUCAGUAAAGACAAUUCUCCAAUAUAACAGCAGAAUCAAAACAAUUCAUCAGCAACAUAACUAAGUCAAUCUUUUGAAAAUGAAUAACAAAUAAGAGCCAAUAAAUAUAAUUGUACCCUUAAAGAGUUGAAUUUAAUUGACAGCCCUCUAAAAUUUAAGGCUAAAGUAAGGUAUAAUGGAGGAUCAAUAAAAUCAAUUUUAAAUUGA